UAUGUGCUAACUGAGGCUUUUCCUGAUGUGCCGGUUGAUAAUGCCCCAGAUGAGGAGAAACAAGAGUAUGCUCGGUGGAAGAAGGCUGAUGAGAUGGCGAAGUGUUACAUUCUGGAUUCUAUGUCAAAUGUCCUUCAACAUCAGCAUCAGUCAAUGGCCACUGCUGCAGAUAUGCUUCUGAACCUCAAGGAACUAUUUGGUCAUCAGUCGAGGGCUGCAAGACAAGAGGCUUUAAGUGCUCUGAUGAACACGCGCAUGGCAGAGGGUACACCCGUAAGGGAGCAUGCUCUCAAGGUCAUGGCGCAACUGAAUGAGCUAGAGGUUCUUGGAGGUUUUAUUGACGGGGAAACCCAGGUCGAUAUCAUGCUCCAAUCUCUACCGAAGAGUUUGGAUCAGUUCCGGUUGAACUAUAACAUGCACAAGAUGCAUAUGGCUCUUCCAGAACUGUUGUCAGAACUCCAGUCGGCUGAGGCCUUGUUCACUCAGAAAUCAGUUGCGUUGGUUGCCGAGCAAGCCGGACCUUCCAGGUCUCACAAGGGCAGGAAGAGGAAGAAGGCUGCAGGAAAGGCAAAGGCACAGAGCACCCAGUUAGUGCCUCAACAGGCUGUGGCAAAGAAGCCGAAAGGUAGAUGCCACAAAUGCAAUAAGUCAGGGCACUGGAAGGUCGAUUGUCCUCUCCUCAAGAAGGCCAAAGAAGGUAACUCUCAUACUUUCGUCGUAGAAACAUGUUUAGCGGUUGUAUCUACCAGUACCUGGUGUGUAGAUACUGGAGCCACUGAUCAUGUCUGCAAUUCUUUGCAGGGGUUCCAGGAAACCAGACGGCUUAGGCAUGGAGAGAUUACAGUCUACAUGGGCAAUGCUACGAAAGUGGCAGUAGUUGCAGUGGGAGUAGUUACUUUAGUAUUUGAUACUAGUAUUUUGGUUUUGAACAAUUGUCUUUUUGUUCCAAGUUUUAGGAAGAAUUUAAUUUCAGUUUCUAAACUCGUUUUGAAUGGUUAUUCAAUUUCGUUUAAUAACUCAGUUGUUAUUUGUUAUGGUAAUCAUUUGAUUUGUUCUGGUUCAAUGGUUGGCAAUUUAUAUGUUCUGAAACCAAACCAAGAAGUGCUAGGAUUGAUUCAUUCUUUGUGUGGUCCUAUGUCGAUCCAAGCUAGGGGAGGCUAUGAGUAUUUCGUCACUUUUAUUGAUGAUUAUUCUAGAUAUGGAUACAUUUACUUGUUGCACCGCAAGUCCGAAUGCUUUGAGAAAUUCAAGGAGUAUAGGACAGUUGUGGAGAAAAAACAAGGUAAAAGUAUCAAGUGUCUUCGAUCUGAUCGAGGAGGCGAAUACCUCUUUGGAGAGUUUAGGACAUACCUAUCAGAAGCAGGGAUUGAAUCCCAGCUGACUGCACCCGGCACGCCCCAGCAGAACGGGGUUGCAGAGCGAAGAAACAGAACUCUUAUGGAAAUGGUUAGGUCGAUGAUGAUUUAUUCGAAGUUACCAGAUUCGUUUUGGGGAUUUGCAUUAGAGACAGCAUGUUACAUUCUGAAUUCUAUUCCUUCAAAAUCAGUAGACA